UCUUGUUGAAACGUCGCAGUGUAAUAAACCACCAAUGUUAGUACUUGUUACAAAAUAUUUGAUCAUAACAUACAUACAAUGGAGUUUACAUGCGUGUCAAAACCGAUCAAAUAGUAUAUGGACACAGUAUAACACCAAGAAGUCAAUAUGAAGGUUUGGGAUUCUCGUAACUCUUUAACGUACAACACGCUCAGACCACUGGUUCUCCUCAUGCCACUUUUAGGAUUAAAUCGUUUUCCAAACACACAAAAGAAGGUUGUCUUUAUCCAGAUUCUUUCAUGUGUGAUACACGUUACCGCUCUGCUUUCCUUUGUGGGAAAAAUUAUUUGGUGCUUUGUUGGAGCCGAAAAUUCUAUGGAACACAAAAAUAUUUCAUUGUAUAUUGCGCUUUCUGGGAAUUUGUUGGUAGGAAUUAUUUUCUAUUUGUGUGGCUUGAUAUACGUUCCAACAAAACUACGAAAUUUUCUGAAGAUUUGUGAUGAUCUGCGCACGGAUCCCUUGUUCGAUAUUUCGUAUCUGAAGUUGAAGAAGUUCUCAAAGAUGUUCGUUAUCAUUUCUUUGAUUACAGUUUGUGUGUUUACUGUUGUUUCAAUGUUGGUUCUUAAUCCCCCAUUUGCGUCCGUUAUUCUGUGUUUUCAAUCCCCUGUAUGGAAAGAUUCGCCUUUUUUCUGGGUUAGUAUCUCGCUUAACACACUGACUACUUCUUUCUGUAUCGCGCAGAAAAUUUUUGCCUUUGGAAUGAUUUACGCAUUUUGUUGUAUUCCCACCAACGAGUUUCUGAAGUGCGAUCAGGAGUUUAAAAAGAUGAUAGAUUCCGAACCGACUGCGCGAAAAAUAGAGACAAUCAGAAAAAGAUACGUUUCAAUCAAGAUCCUUGUGGAGGAACUGGAUAAGUUGUUAUGUCCCUUUGUAUCGGUGGCUAUCGGUGUGGCAUUUACAACUGUUUGCUUCGUGGUACAUGUCUUAAUAUAUGGAAAUGUCAGUCAUACUUUGGUGGUGGUCAACAUUGUUACUCUGGUCAUGGCACUUAGCGAGAUCAUUAUUAUUCUGGCAAUCGCUGUAUCGCUACACGGAACUACAACUGUAUGUCUAGAGACGUCCCAAUUGUUAGACGGUGCUAAAAUGAAUACAGAGACAGUUGGAAUUCUGACAUUAUAUAUCGACAACAUGAAGAGCAACCAUCUUGGUCUGACGUUUUUAAAAUUAUUCGUCCUGGAUAAAGCUACUAUAUUAACGGUGUUCGGUUCCUUGAUAUCUUACGUCAUUGUCAUCGUGCAAUUCAAACCACAGUAACAUAAAUAGAGUUAAGAAAAAAAAAGCAAAUAAGCCUUCGGGAUUUAUGUACUGUGCGUAAAAUUAUGAAUGCCAUGGUGCCAAUUAUAUUUGGGGCUGACGCGUUAACUCCCCACUUUUAAAAUGAAAAUCUGUAAAACUUUGAGAUGUUAAUAUUAAUUAUUUUUUCAAGAUAUCACCAUAUUGAAAUAAGGAGAUCCACUUGAAACGCUUAAAUGUGUGACCGUCAUUCUUCCGAAGAAAAAGAUUAUUAAACGCUAAAAGGCUACAGAUAGUCCAUACUUAAAGUCCCGACGCUUCAUUUUAGCGGUAUAGAAUCACUUGUAGUAUUUACAAAGAUAUGCAUGUUUGAAAUUUCAUAGAUCUAUUCUUCUUCGGUAUGUAAUAAAUGAAAAAAUUAGAUGAAAUGGGACUUAACGUCCUACUGCUCUGCCCCUACUUGGCUAAUGAAAACCUACUCAUAUUUCGAAUUUCAACUGUCAAGUUUUCUUUUACGUGAAUGCCAAUGUAACUCGGUUUUCGUCCCAUCCGAACGACUAUACAUUGUCCUUUGCCAGACCACGCGUCCCUCUGUCGGGGGGGGGGGGCACGCCUGGAAAUCCCGAUGAACUUUCUGGGAUCGAACACGGGACCUCCAGGUUAGCGAGCCAACGUCCUCCUGACGGAGCCACCAUGGCGCGCACUAUGUAAUCAGCCCGCCGCCAUUUUUAAUGGUAGACCUGUUUUAUAUCCGACUGAAUAAUGGUCGGGCAUUUAUCUAGCGUUAGUACUUUGAGUUUGUUUUCUUAUUUCUAUAUUAAACAAUCAAUCUAAGUACAUAUUAGCGUGGAUUAACCGCGAGAACUUUCAGAUUUUAGCGAAAAAUGCAAAUGGAGCAUCG